AUGGCAGAUGGCAAAAAACAGCGCAGUGCUAGGCUGACAGGUUUCAAAAACUACAUCUUGUGGUCUUGUGGUUCUAGUCAAAGAUUGGGGCCGAAACGAGCAAGGUCUUUGUCAGCACAAUUUCAAAGUAUAUCUGAAUUUAGGUCUGAUUCAUAUAAUUCCUCCACAUCACAGGCUCAAACAUUUUAUCAUUCUCAUAAGAAACGAGCCAGAUCUGUUUUAACACAUGUCAAACCGGCAUCUAAUAAAGAAUCUCUAAAUUCAUCACAAGAAGAUAUACUUUUGCCAUCAAUGUUCGUAAUAUUAAAUAAACAGUUAUUUAGCAUGUUUGUUUUGAUUGUUCUUAAUGUUGUUUUGAUAUUUUCAGAUUCACUGGCCAAAAUUGGACCAGGAGACGAGCAAAGAUCUGAAAAUGAAAACUUACCCAUAUCAGAUGAACAACUACUACAAAUUCUUGAAGACCCUGAUGAGAAUUAUGAUGACGAUAUUUUUGAUGCUGAUUUCAUUGAGAAUAUGAAUCAUUCUGACAAUGAUAGCGACACAUCAAUUGUAAGUGAAGAUGAAUUAGUCCUAUUAGAAAUACUGAGGAAGAUCAAGAACGGUCAAAUCACUAUAGACAGACUAGAAGAAUUAAUUUUGAAGGAAAUCCUGUAG